AUGUCGGCACCAGGGCCUGGGCCCGAUGCGCCUAGCCGGCCAAACACGCAGCUGCCACCACAGCCAGCAGAGUUGUCGGCGCCAGUCUCAGGCACAACCGGCCAGCCAUCUGGAGCAGAGACACCGGCCGCAAGACAACCUGUACCGAGUCAGUCUCGUCCAGAAGCCGUUUCGGCUCAGAUGCAGAUGCGCCAGACUUCUGGACCACUACUUCCGCCUCACAUGAUGCACCACCCUUCACCCGCCGUGUCGCCACAGCUGCCGCCACAGUUACCGCCACAGCUGCCGCCACAGGUCCCGCCGCAGCUUCCGCCGCAGGUCCCAACGCAGCUUCCGUCACAGCACCCAACACAGGUCCCGUCACAGCAUCCGUCACAGGUUCCGUCACAGCUUCCAUCACAAUUUAGCCAUCAUCCAUCUUACCAACAGACAGGUCAGCUCCCAGCCUACAAUGAGCAUCUGCAACACGCCCGCACUCAGCCUGCACAUCAGCCUGGAUAUAUACCACCCCUCACUGAACUGGCCCAUCUCGCUCAGCCAUCCCAGCAGCAAAUGGCCCAACAGUUUCACCAACCAGGAAACUCAUCCAACGCAGUCACGCGCCCCCCCGACCCACGCUUGAACCACAAGCAAUCAGUCAUAGUCGGCCCGCCUGACAGCACACGAUUAUCCUUUCCGUCGCCUGGACGUGAUCCGGCCCGCGCCAACCCCAAAGCUAACGAGGACUACUCACGCCUCAACUACGCCAUUCAGCAGGGCCUGCCCGAGAGUGUUCGGCUUGCCGUUCGUGACAACUGGAAGAAAUGCCUCAUUGGCAGUGAGUUUCAAGAAGCAUUUGUGAUGAACGCGACUGUCCGCCACAUUGCACCGGCCUCUAUCAAAAAGGCCUUUCGCGACUUCGGCCGGGACAUCAUCAACGUGGGCAAGGAGGAGCUCAUCGGCCAUCUGACAACGUCAGACAUUGACCAGCUGACGGAGGCUAUCCUCUCGAAAGCUAGCGGCCGCUUUCUCGAUGCGGCCCUGGAUCUGCGUCUUCGCACCAUCGAGGCCAAGCCGCUUAUCAAUGCGCUAGCUCGAGCUGAGCGUCUGGGGUACGAGCCCGGCGACAUCGUGGAGGAGGCGCCGACAAACGGCCAGGAACGCGUGAUACCUCAGCACCAGGCGGCUUUUCCCCCGCAGGCUAAGGCUCUUCCGUCCCGGAGCCAGGUGGCAUCUCCUGCCAUCCCGCCAGCUGCUCCCAAAUUGCAGGCUCAACCGGUUCAGCAGGCCCAAUCAGCUCAGGCCAAGUGGCAGUGCCAUCUUUGCAAUCGGUUGUUCGAAUACGAAGAGCCGUUCCUCUUUCAUAUGCGGAAGGAUAUCUGCAAACGAGUGCCCCCCAAAGCGCAUAUCGGAUUCAAGUGUGUUUGUGAAUUCUGUGGACAGGGCUUCAGCACGACGCUGGGACAGCAAUAUCACAAAAUGAACAAAGUCUGCGGCGACUUUAUCGUGGCGCCAGGAACGCCAGGAGCACCCAGGACACCGGGAACGCCAAAUACAAAAAAGCAGGCUGCAACACCAACAACUGGGGGUGGCGGGUCCUCGUUACUGGCACCGACCUCGCAUGGUGCCAAUGCAACGCCCACCCGGCCUCUGGACUCGUCUCAGCCGCAGCAGCAGACGCGUUAUUCGUCGCCACCUUCGGCGAGUCAGUCGCGGGUGAGCGCAGGAUCGGAUCCAUAUGCCCACCUCAGCCCAAUUCUGAAGGCGGCCCUGGACGAGGAGCUAAGGCAAGCCGAGGAGAGCUACGGCGAGAAGAUGCGCGAGGCCGAGGCGAUUGACGGCGAAAUGAAGCGUCGCGCCCGGCUGGAGGGCUUGAAGAACUCGUUUGGCACCAAGCAGUCUGGGAUCCGCAAGAAGUACGGCGGAAGCAGUGUCCCGAGCCAGAGCCAGAACGUGCCGGAUAGCAGCCGGAAUCACGAAGUGAAGCGCUCGCGGCUGAUGGGACCGUUUGGGUUAGAUGGCGGGUCUAGCGGCCACAGAGCGACGCUGUAUGACAGCGACGAGAUGACAGACCGGACGCGCAAGUCGCCGUCGCUGCCCAACAUGUACACACCGUCCAAGAUGAAUGGUGCCGGGGCUGCCAGCAUGGCCUCGGCUGCCCUGGCGCUGCAGAAGACGCCGGCGUCGGCGAUGCACGUCAGCACAACGUUUCCGGUGGCGCUGUCGGACUCGUCAUCGGACAAUGAGGAUAUUCCGGCGCGGCUUCCUGCAGCGGUACGUCAGAGUCUCGACCACUGA